GUUACGCUUCUGUGAAAGUAGUUGGUUGUCCAGCGUGUUCCUCCCAAAAACAAAACACGUGCUCGUACUGCAGUGGGCGCAGAGCAGCUGAUGGAAGCCAGUUUACCAUAGCAUACAAUAUUUUCGAAAGUAUAUAAGGUUUUCAGCUAUCAUUAAAAUGUCUCCUCCAGUAUGUAGUUGUGCUGAACAAGUCAGAAAACUCACACAGCAGGCGUCAGUAAUGAGAAGAGAGAUAAAAAAUCUCAGACAGCAGAUGGAUGGAGCCAUACGAGCACAUAAGAAGCAGAUGUCAUCACUUCAGUCCAUGCUGACAGACUGUAAACACGAAGACAAAUUACAAUCAGUGAGCAAAAGCCCAACUCAAAGCCCUAGUGAAAUCAAACAAUUAUUAGAGCAAGGACGUAUUCAGACGGUACCGAUUGGAUACAUCAGCUCAUGUUUUGCAGUCAAAAAUGGCACUCCACGACAACCCACCAUAUGCAGUUCUUCUCGAGCCAGCUUAAAGAUUGAACCCUCAGUCUUCAAUAACCCUGAGCAUUCUUUAGUUGGCCUGGAACAAUACUCCCAUAUCUGGAUAAUUUUCCUCUUCCAUAAGAAUGGGCAAAUGAACUACAAAGCCAAAGUAAAGCCACCCCGUCUGAAUGGCCAGAGGGUGGGGGUGUACUCCACCCGUAGCCCCCACAGGCCUAAUGCUUUGGGACUGACCUUGGCUAAGCUAGAAGGAAUCACAGGGGAUACACUUCACUUGUCAGGCGUUGAUAUUAUCGCUGGAACACCUGUGCUAGACAUCAAGCCAUAUAUUCCAGACUACGAUUCUCCAAAAACAAGAAGAGAUGAUACCAACAGUGAAUAUAGACAAACAUCACCAUUCACAGACUCUCAGAUGCCCCAAGUGAUGGAUCUAGAUGAAGAACCAAACAUCUCAGGGACAUCAUCUGAACCCUCCUCAGUGCUCAGAAUUUGUCCAGCUGGACCAUCAGAUUUCUCUCAGUCAGAAAGGUCUGGAUCCAGUGAUGUGACUGAUGUGUUAGCAGAGGUUAAAAACUAUGUCAAACAACAGCAGCUUUUCACUGAAAGUCCAGAAGACAAACAGACAGAUUCUCCUGAAUGCACUUCAUUGUCAACCAACCAUUUAAGUUCAUCCGGUCUUAAAUUUGGAUGUGAGGACUACAGUACUAUCGCUGCCUGGGUCAGGGCACCUCCUGUCAGUAACCUAGACGUGCGGUUUACUGCCAAUGCUGAGAAAGAGCUCAAAGAGUUUGUUUCCUGCAACAGUACAGACCGCACAAGACCAAAGUUCCAGUUCUUGAAAGGACCAGAAGAAGCAGUGGCAGCCAUCAAAGGCAUUCUGUCAGCUGACCCUAGAUCAGUAUAUCGUCGCACACGUUGUCAAGACCGCCUGUUCUUCUUCACCCUGGAUACUGCUGACAUCACCUGCUGGUUUGGAGAUGGUUUUGCUGAGGUUGUGAGAGUCAAACCUAUGCAGAGUUAAGAACUCACAUAUGUUUUUUUUAUGAGAAAAAAUUAGAUUUCUGUCAAAUUCCCGCAUUUUCAAGAAUAAAUACUGAGAUAGUUCACCUAAAAAUGUAAAUUCUGUUAACAUUUACUCACCCUCAUAUCAUUCCA